AUGGCUCUUACAAAUAAUGCCAAAGAUCACUGGGCGUUUCUGGAAGAAAUUGAAGCACCUAUGUGGGUGGAUUUCAUGGUAGAAUCAAAGUCUAACUACCAAGAAGUGUUCCACGAGUGUUCUUCUCGCCAGUUAAAAACUGCAUUUGCUCAUUCUGGUGAGAGGAGUAUGUCUUCAGAUCUUGAGUUUAAGGGAUCAUCUUCCCCGAAUAUCCCAUCCUCAGUCUCAAGAUCAAGGGGAAAACACUACGCAAGCAAGAAAUGGGGAGAAGGUAAUUGUGAUCUUUUAGUGAAUAAGCAGCAUCCGGUAAAGGGGUUAAAUGGUAAGUCUUCAAGGGUGAAUUCAGAACCCAGUGACGAAAUAAAACCCAAACUAAGCUUUGUAAAUUCUAAAGGAACUUCUAGGUCAAAGGUAACUAAGGUUUCUGGGAGUAGCUUCACUCAAAAUGCUCCUAGGUCAAAAGUAAGUAAGGUUUCUGGGAAGAACUUCACUCGAAAUGCUAAGGAAAGUGAUUCAAAAGCUAAAUCUGGUCAAGGUGUUAUGGAAAGUAGUUCGAAUUCCUUGAUGGUUAUGGCAGGUGAAAGCAAUAAUAGUAAUGUUAAAUUUGAGAGUGAUCAUCAAGCACGGCAAAGGAACCUAGAAGUGUCAAGUCGAGGAUUUGAUCACACAAGUGGGCUUUUGUCGGCUUUGAGGAAUGGUCUUAGGAAAAGUUUUGUUACAAGAAAAGCUUCAAGGGUGGAGAUUAAUGAUGAGAAUAAGAAACCAAGAGAUCGCAAGUCUUCAUCCAGCAAAUCUAGUGUGGGAGCGUCUUUUAACCCUGGCUACGAUGUCAAGAGCUCAACACUUUUGUUGAUGAGGAACAAUGAACAAACUCCAGAUAGCAGAAAUGUAGGAAGGAUGACUGAAGCAGCAAGGAAGAGAAUAAAAGAUUCUAGCAUGUCCAAGGCUUGUAAUGUUCAAGUUAUGGAGAAGAAAGGGGGUUUAAGUAAUGUUGCAAAGUCAGCUCCCCAAGAAGCUCUGAAAUCGAAGGUUCAGAACCAGACCCGUAGUGUAAAAGCUUUGGCAGAACAUAGAGGAAAUGAACAACACUUAUUACCUGGUACAGCAAAAGCUAAGGAGAAGGCCAGAGUUGGUGCUGGCCCUGGAAAAGAGAAUGUGACAGGAAAAACGUCCUUGAGCCAGAAUUGCACUAGCAGAGGGACUAAACUGAAUGUGCCACAAAAGGGCGACAAAAAAAUGUUGGUUAGACAAAAGGGAACAAUCAGCGGUCCAGCCAAGGGGAAGCAUCCAACAAAUGCGAAUCGUAGGGUCUGCCUCCGAUAA